AUGUUCUGCCCAUUCUGCGCUAUCAGCACCGCCAUCCCACCUUCAACUUCCCCCGCACUCUUCAGCUCUCCGAAAGGGUCCGCUUAUCCUGUCCUUGCAACACCGACAGUUAUCGCUUUCUUAGACAUUGCUCCUAUCUCGCCAGGACACAUUCUGCUUUGUCCUCGUCGCCAUGUCGAGAAAGCUUCCUCGAUGACAGGAGCUGAAGCUGCGGCGCUGGGAUUCUGGUUGCCGGUCCUAGGGAGAGCAGUCAUUGGUGCAUUAGGACAAGAGACUGAAAGUGCGAGCUGGAAUGUUAUACAGGCUAAUGGAUCUGAAGCAGGACAAACGAUUCCGCAUUCGCAUUUCCAUGUCAUUCCCAGGUCAGCGCCAGGGAAUGGAAAAGCACGAGAUGCGAGUGAGAUUGGAGAUGCGGAAAGAAAGAACAUUGCGCUUGGUGAGGGGCCGAGGGUUAAACUGGAAGAUGGUGAGGGUAGGAAGUUGAUGGAAUUAAUCAAGGAGAAGGUGAAGGGAGAAGUUGAG